CUCAGCCUUUCCAGGCCGGACGGACGGAGAGGCAGGUUUUUCCAGGAUGAGACCUCAGCAUCGUCAACCGUGCUGCCUUUUGGUUGGAGAAGGAAAUUUCUCCUUCUCAGCUGGUUUGUGUGAAACCAGCGGCUGUGGGAUCCACAUUGUUGCUACCUGCUAUGCCAGUGAAGAUGCUGUUUCAAAACAAGCGCUUGCCCUUUCCAACAUACAGUAUCUGAGAGACAGAGGUGCCGAAGUUCAUUUUGGCGUUGACUGCACAAAACUGAAAGAGUUCUUUCCCCCAGCUGAGAGGAGAUUUGACCGCAUUUAUUUCAACUUCCCCCACUGUGGGAGAAAAGCCGGAGUGAAAAAGAACCGGGAGCUUCUUGCUCGGUUUUUCUGCAGCUGUGCCGAUGUCCUGGCAGAGAAAGGAGAGGUCCACGUGGCGCUUUGCAGAGGGCAGGGUGGUACCCCUGCGGACCAGCCCAUGAGGGAGUGUCACAACAGCUGGCAAGUGGUGACCAUGGCAGCAGAGGCUGGAUUUAUCCUCAGCCAGGUUCAUCCCUUUAAUGAGGCUCGUGGAUAUACCUGUACAGGUUACAGGAGUCAAGAUAAAUCCUUCUGCAUCGAAGGAGCUUUGAACCACAUAUUCACACAGAGUUUCCAUCAUCCACACACUGGGCCUGCGAUGAGUCAGACAGAACUGGGAGGCAAGCUGGCGCCUUUCCUUGUUCCUGAGAUAUUUCUAGACAAGAUAAACAGGGGGUUCCUGGAUAGAAAUUCAGAACAUCCUGUAAGGACACUAAAUGGGAAGCUCCUUGCUGAGCUCAGCAAAUCUUUCCCAGUUCAGAAGGUAAACACUUCCCUUUCCUUGGCGUUCCAAGACGGCCCCAGCUCUCUUUUCUCUCCGGACGGCUGUUGGAUGGUUCCUGUUGCAGAAGGAAACUCAAACUCUCAGCCUGCAGUUCACAACGUGGCCAAGACCACAGAGACCUUUGCCUUUCCUUCCGGCUUUCUGAGCUGGGAUAGGACUGGUCACGGUCAUGACUUGAUCAGAUGGGAAAAGGACUGGGUCUUGAACAAGUAUUAUCUUAGACCUUCCAUGCUGCCUUCUCUUCACGCAGUUUCACAACAAACAGAGUUUCUUCCUGGGAGUCUCCUCGUCCUCAGUGGCCUGGUCUUUAGGAAAUGCAAGAUUUCCAAGCACAAUCUGCCUGUUUUUCACGAGGCCGUCUUUGGCUGCAAGGUUAGUAAAGGCUCAGAAGAUACGUGCAUCCAGCGCCUUAUAGAAAACAUUACCGCUGCUUUAAGCCCUCUGCUCCAACCUUCUGGUUUCAGGCUGGACUGUACCAUGGAUGAGCCAGAAACACCACCAACAAAUACGUUCCCAAUUAUGGAACUCCAACGUUGUAAAUUGAAAUAUUUUAUCACUGUGGCCCUUGACCCUUCUGGUGCCGAACCAAGGAAACUUUGUGUAGGGACAGUAAAUGCAGCUCCAUGGCAGCCAGUGAGCAUUGGUCAAGAAUGUGUUUAUGCUUCAUUGAAUCUGGAUCUCCUAGCUAUGCAAAUAUGUGGGAUCUUGGACUGGCGCAUGCUCUGGACCUCUGAUGAGCGUUUCUUGGCUCAGUUUGCAGGGGGGUAUUUGGGCCCUUUCAAGAGCUUUUCGCUGUAUCCACCCUCCUAUGAGCAUGACAUCAGUUUCUGGGUUCCCGAAGCAGGGCGAUUUGACGAAACGCAACUUCACACCAUUGCCAGGUGUGUAUCUGGCGAAACAGUGGCAUCCUUCCAGUUGCUCGACUGCUUCUUGCACCCAAGCACAAGCCAAACCAGCCUCUGCUACCGGGUCACUUACCGGUCUUGUGACAAAGCGCUCAGUCGACAGCAGGCAGCAGCAAUGCAGAUGAAGCUUAGGGAGGAAGUGCAGCGGAGUCUGGGGGUGACACCGCGAUAGCUCUUUAUCCUCCUUAAUCACAAACACAUUUUGCCAAGUGAUAUAAUUGAGACUAUAUAACAGGAAUGGUGGGGGGGGGUCCUUUUAAUUCUCUGUGUUACUUCAUGGUGAUUGUGUGCUUUUUGUAAAGGCUGGAUGGGUUUUUACACAUGUUUCCCCCAUUCUGCUUCUUAACAAAAUAAAAUUCAACCAUGUU